AUGGCUUCAUUCUUUCAUCAGCUACGGCUUCUCCUAUGGAAAAAUGGCCUGAGUAUCAAAAGGCAGCCAGGCUGGUCUCUGGCGCUUAUCAUCUGGCCACUGGUAAUUUUCAUCAUCCUCGCCAUCACGCGCUCACAGUUCCCCCCAAAGCUCAAAGACACAUGUUAUGUGGCGCCACGCAACUUGCCGAGUGCAGGGUUUUUCCCCUUCCUGCAGACCCUCAUGUGCAACACUGACAGCACCUGCUCCAACAAGUCCCACCUCGUGGACAGGAACUCUCGCGGACACCAGAGCCGGCACUCCCGUCACCCCAGGGACAUACACAGGUACCCGGACACGGACCACCGCUGCCUCAGGGCCAUAUGGCGCCCAUGGGAGGCCAUGACUGCCAUACUCAACUCAGUAAACACCUUGAAGAGGUCCUUGUGCAGCUUCACUAUGGCUGUCAUUGAUCUCUCUAUGGCCUCUCCCACGGACCCCAUCGCCCACGGCCUGAUCCAGUUCUGCAUGUCUAACGACACAGUGCUGGAAGUUUCUCUGAUCACCUUCAACCAGGUGCUACAACACCUGCUUCUCAGUGAUCCAGCCGAUGUUCUGGAGUCCAUGGGUAUGGCAGUGACGGUGGUGGACCACCUGCAGAAGCAGAACGCAAUCUGGGACUUCCUGCUGGGCCUUCCGGACCUCUUCCUGAAAUCCACGGAUGAGGAGAAGAUCAUGGCCGGCGCUGAGAGAUUGGUGAACCUGAAGAGGACCCUCGCUGCCAUCCAGGCAAGCUUCCCUCAGGCUAAUAUUCCAACUGAUGUAGUAAACACGGUCAUUGAUGAAUUCAUUGGCCUACUCAACUACAUCCGCACCUGGGAGGGCAGAGAUGUCAACAUUUCCCUGAGUUCUGUAAUAGUCCCAUCUAGCAUGUCCCCAGAGGUCAACACAAUGGUUCAACAAGUUCACAUACCCCUUGAUAAGGUGUUUUUGGCCUGGAGCCAGAAUUCUGCUUCGGCAGAUGUCUCCUUCGCUCAAGGCUUUCUGGGCAAAAUUCUCAGUCUCACCACUCUACUUGGUCAGGAGACCACCACCAACCACAGCAGAACUCAGCGCAGUAGUUAUGGGCGGCCGCAGAACCUGGCGGAAGAAACGUUCUUGAGUGUUGGAACAUUAGUAAUUGACUUGCUUAGAGGUCUCCCUGGCUGGGAGUAUGUUCACUCUUUUCUCAUGGGUGGCCACUCCUCCAUGCAACUUGCCACACAGGCAAUGGAAACACAAAUGGAACUGAUGGCGUUAGUGUUGAAAGAUGCCAACAACAUUCAAAUGACUUUCCUAUCACUCAUGAACAACCAGUCGAUGGCUGACACCUUCACUAGUCAUGUGAUGGACUCCGUUGUGGAUAAUGUAAUGAAGGUUCUCUCGACCCCACCCCCUGUGGAGUGCAGUCAGCUGGCUGGGUCAUGGUCGUGGAUGUCUUCCCUGAGUUCGCUGGACCCUGAGCUCUGGACAUCCCUGGUAUGUCUCGGAAAUGGCACUGAACUGGAAAACACUCUGCUGGCACCACUGUCUCCUGUCAUUGAGAAGGCAAAGCAACUUGAAUGGGUGAUUAAUGGCUUGACAAGAUACAAUGUGUCUGCCACAAUGAUCCUUGCGGAGUGGCAGAAACUUUCCAGCACUUCACUGCAGUACGGAAACUCCUUGCAGCAAUUCCUUGGUGUGCUGGAUCAACAUUACCUAGCGAAAUGGAUCCCUGACAAUGUUACCGUUGACUGGCUACAGCUCCUUACCUCCAGAGGUUUGGGGACAGUUGGGACCGUGGGAUCUCUCCUCGAGAAAAGCUCCUUGUGGCCGGUCAUGGAAACCUACUUCCAAAUGGCAAACUGGAUAAUGAGCUAUCAGCCCAAUGUCACAGCAUUACCAAACUGCACUGCUGAUCCAAACACACUUACCCCUGUUUGUCAAAUGGGUUUUAGCUGGACAGAGCUCAUUCAUCAUACUCAGACUGUAAUCCAGGAGGUUUCUGUAGAUCCAGCAGCACUGCGGAGACCACUCCAGGGAGCUCUAGCUCUUCUCCAGAAUAUCUACAGGGACUACUACAUAACGGCUGUAACACAGUCCCUCAGUUCCUCUGGGCAGCUGCUUGGUGAUGGCUCUCUACAACAGAUCCUCGAGAGCUUAAUCCACAUACUGGACAAAAACACCCAGAUUCUCUCCAAUCUCAUGUCACUUGAACAAUUCAACGUUCAGCUCCCGUUGUCUAUUCUUGGUGACAUCCUGGAUGCUCUUGGUCUGAGGGACCUGGAAGCACUUUGGACUGGAGGAUCCCAAAAUAACCUAAUAUCUGGCACCCACCCUCUUCUUGCAAAUGUCCUCCAGCUUCUGAGUCCAGGGUCCAUCCAGAUGCUCAGCCAGCAAGGGGAGUUGGCAGUACUAGAUGUCAUCCUGGAACAUCUUGGUGCUUUCUUGCCAACUGAGUACCAGCAUCUUUAUAAGAAUUUGGCAAACCACACUCGUGGCCUGAUUGAAGAUCUCACCAUUUGCUCAGCCACUGGUCAAGACUGUCUUUCCGAGGUCCAAUCAGUAUUCCUAACCAUGGGAUACAUUGAUGAAGUACUUGCGGUUGGUACAGCACCCAAUGUCCCAUUACUCCCCAUUCAAGGAAACAUGACUCUGUCUGUCACUGGCCACAUAUUGCAUCUGAUCCUACCUCUGAACAUGUCAAGCUUGCCAGGGUCCUCAGCGAUGACUGUUACACAGGUACUUAAUUUCCUCCAGCAAGUAUAUGCCACUCCCAACGUCAGUAUAGUUAGUAUUCAGCAGGCACUCCAAGCUUCUAAUCUCGGUGUUCAUCAGUUCAAUCAAGUUGUAGAGCUAGUAAAAGCCUCGAGUUUACCCACAGUUUUGACUGAUCUGAUGAGUGUUGUCAACGUACAGAGAUGUUUAAGCCAGCAAAACCAGACCAUGACCUCCUCUAUGAACUCCAGAGAGACAGAAUGUGCCCUUCAUCUCCUUAAAAAUACCAUCAGUUUCUUGCAAGCCACACCCGUGCCUCCAGCCGUCAAAGAAGCCCUGUCAACCAUCCAUCCAAUGCUUAUGACCCUUUCAGGACAAUUCCUGGACAACAGAAAUGCGUCGGCUUCCGGGAACAACUCUCUGAUCCUAACGGAUGAGGUUCUAAAGGUUGCUCUUUAUCACAUCCGAGAGAAUCUUCAGCUUCUCAACCUGUCCAGUGAGGCACUUGCAUCACUCACCAAUGAAUUAAAUGUACUUGAGGGUCUGCUGAAAAUAGCCAUCCAAGAGCAAUAUCCAUACAGCACAAUUAACUCGACCUUAAUGAAACAGCAGCUGUAUGCACAGAAGGUGUAUGCUCAGAUUACACUGUGGUAUCUAGGUAAACUGGAGAACGUGACUAGUGCCAGCAUGUUCUCAGAGAUAUUCGUGCCUCUGUUAAGCAUGACUGAAAUGCAGGUGGCACUGAACUUGGCUCAGACAGACUUCAGUGCUCUGCUGACCAGCCAGAUUGAAAACUUGAUGACUCAUGUUCAACCCCCUUUGGAUGGGGCUGAUAUGAGAAUGAUUGGCCAGGCAGUUGUCACCAUUCUGCACGGACAGCUGGACCUGAUAAAGCAAAGUCUUGAGAUCGAACAACAGUACUAUGAAUCUGUUGGCUUUCCAAUGAACAUAAGUAUCCCUGCUGAGAUUGAAACUCAGAUCAUGACUUACCUCAACCUGACACGAGAAUGGCUCACGGAUUCACGUCUUACUUUUGCCAUUUCGGAAAUCCUUCGGUGGGACAUAAAUGCCAUGAAUAUCACCACGCCGAUGACAGACCUUGCCCUGCUAAUCCAGGCCCUGACUCCUCUGCUCUCAGUGGAGCAGCAAAAUUACCUGGGAGUUAUUGAACAUGUCUCUCAAGCUCUGAAUCAUGCCCUGGAAAUUGCCAGUCACACCAGUGGAACACAAAAUCCCAACUUUGCAGCAGCCGUCUUAGACACUGUAAAAGUUGUCCUGCAGGGUAUAGUCAAUGAGACUGGACUCCUGCCUGAUUCGGUUGUCCACGAUGUUAUUGCAGUAGUAAAUGGUUCACUCCAGUUGAUCCUCUAUCCUGAGAUGAGCUAUGCAGACGCUCGCCAUUACACUCUGGACAUUGUGCAGAGGAUACAGGACCUGAUAAGGAGUCUGGUCCCGAGGGUGGCUGCUGAGAUACUGCUUCCCAUGACUGAGUUUGUUUCAAAUUACCUGGAGGGCAUUUCCCAGACUGGUGGACCUGACAAGUGGAAUGAAAUCAUUGUCGAUGUGAUGGAACAAAUUCAGCUCUCACUGCCUAUGAACAACAGUGCUCAGGCCUACAUAUCUAUUAUUCUGGACUUCACAAAGUUUAUUCUCAGCUCUGAUCAAGGAAACGUGACCUUCUGGGAGAGUUUGAUAAACCUUGAUUUUGAGAAUCUUGACAACCUUACCGAGCAAUUAGGAGGACUCUCAGAGUCCUUGGUCCUGCUCCUUGUUGGUGAUGAAAAUCUGAGUUUGACCUCACAAACUGCUCAGAUCGUCACACAAACUGUCCCAGUUCUUAUCCAGAUGCUCUCUGGAACAGCCAAUCCACAAACCUUUGAUAGGUUGGAGAUGAUUCUAGCUCAUGCUCUGUCAGCUUUCAACGAAACGUCUCUUUUGGACUCCUCAACCGUUUACAUCUUGAGGGACGUUAUUGUUUCCAUGGCGCAAAACCUGCAAGCUCAGACAGACUUCAUCUAUAGCCUUCAGAGACCUUUGUCCAGCCUUAUGUCAGAUAUCUUCCUUGCCAUGAACACCAGCACUUUCAACAUGGCUGGUGUCUUUGCUGAGCUGCCUCGGGCAAUUGAACUCACAAUUGAGGCGACUGUGCAGGCUAGUUUGAAUGGUCAGAUGCCAGACUGCAGUGAACUUGUUGGAACAUGGGAAGGGGUCAGAGAAGCUGCAGGGAUCAGUGAAGCCAGCAUUGUGAUGUGGUGUAACGUCAGCCUAAUCCCACUGAUAAAAAACACCCUCAACUCAGAAAAUCAGAUGACCAUGAACAACAUGACGGGCGUAUGGAUGCACCCUCCAAUGCUGAAUGUCACCGCAGCUGAGAUUGUGACACAGCUGGAGUCUCUCUACACUGCAAGUCUCAACCAAUCACUUGCUGCUCAAGUUUUCACGUAUGACCUCAUGCAGUACAUCUCUUUGCUGACGAGCAUGCCAGUAACAGAAUUGGAGAGUGAGGCUGACUGGAAUGCCUUGUUCCUCAAUCAGCAAUUACAUCAAAGCAUUUCCUCCAUACAGAUGGCUUUGGAGCAAGUGGAGGCUCAAGCCCCUUGGUUGAGCCCGUAUGUCCAAGCGCUGCAAAAGGCUGUGGAAUACAUCCUAAAGAACAACGACAACUUCCAGGACACAACAAUGGACCCGCAGGUUGUCAUAGAAGCCGUGGACAUUCUUCUCACCGGCAUGAAUUUCACAAACGCGUCCAUCCAUAGUCUUCUUAGUGGUGACCCGUUCGUCAACCCUGAGGGCUAUUCCAUUGACCAGCUGAUAAAAGAUGUGAUCAGGAAAAUCAUCCAGAUGAGGCUUCUGGGAAAUUGGCCCGUAGUGUACGACGUAAUGGAGCAGUUUCUGUACGUGGACGAUACCACUCUCAUUUUCGAAACCGUUAUUGACUUUGUCAACUGGUGGAGCACCUCUGAACAUCAUGGUUUAGAGUUCAUAAUGGAAAUCUUGUCCAGGGUGUAUGACAUGGUGAGGGCAGCUCUGUUGUCGGUGACACAAAUGGCUGGCCAGCUUCCGUCCUAUUCUAAUAUUUACAUUGACCUUGUGGGCAAUGUUUUGAAAAUGUUGAGGCAGAUUGCUCGGACCAGUGACCUCUUUGCUCCCAUGGAUCAUUUCCUCAUUCAGCUACAAGAUGAGAUGACCCAUGACUCAAGUCUACCAGAGCUGAUGUUACAGACCAGGAAUUCUCGGAGGGUCCGACGUGAGGUGGAGAGGGAGCCAGUGGACGAUUUCCUUGACCUUCUCGAAAUUGACUAUCACACCUUGUUUUAUGCUCUCUCUAUUCCACCCACUCCAUCUGAAAUCAUGCAUACAGUUCAUAUUUUCUUCUCCAAUCCUGACCUUGCCAUUCUGCUGAAAGGCAUGUCAAGAGAUUUAACAGGACACUCAAGUGAGGAGGAGACCAUUGACACUGCUCUUAAUGUGCUGUCCUACCUAACGCUCCCUAGCCAUGGGCAGAAAUUCAUAGAGGUCUUCACAGAGAUCGCAAAUGAAGGAUGGAGUCUGGAUAGUCUUGGAAAAUUGGAAAAAUUGGCGGAGAGCCUGGGAAAAAUGGUUGACGUCUCCAUGGUGCUUUCCCAGCAGCCGUCCCUUAGCAUCGCCCAGAGGGUUGAGCGCAUGGCGGAACAGCUUAACGGCGUGCUGUCGCAGAUUAUCUCUCAUGGAGGCAACGGCAGCGUGACAAUUCAUUUCCUCACUGCCAUCAACGAUAUCCUGUCAGAGAAUCUGGAAGAGCUCACAAAUAUCAGCCCUCAGGUCUCAGCCAUUCUGCAGAACAUUAUCAGUGCUGUAUCACAGCCCGAGUCACAGAUGAGCUUGGAGCCCUAUUUGAUGGUUUUAGACCAGACUGUUGGUGCCUUUGCCUCCUUCCUGCCUGCAGAACAUGUGAGAUAUUUCAACAUAUCUGGGCAGAUGAUCAAAGCUUUUACCAUGAUCGUGACGCAUCCAAUGGACAUGGAGAAGGUACUGAUGUCUAGUCACAUCAUCUCCUCCUCUCUUGACCAUCUCUUGGCCAUCUCUGGUAUAACCACGCUUCCCAAUGGGCAGUCUAUCCAGGAAGUCACACAGCCUCUAAUCGUGAGCAGCGUUCUGUCCACCUAUGCUCUCUGGAACCUGUCUGCCUCUGAUCAUACCUUUACCAGCGAAAUUGAAAAACAAAUGUUCGUGAGCCAGAUAAUCAAUCAGAUGACCUCAGGUUUACCAGAGGGACUGAGAGAAUAUGUCAAUCCAGUUCGGCAAGCUCUCGUCACAGCCCUGUCUGGAAUAUCCAGCACCGCUGACAUCAGGCCAGCCUUCUUUAACAUCUCUCAACAGGUCACAAUGUCACUUCUCUCCUCUCUGAACGUCACUGAGAUGCCAGUGUCCAUGGGCAUCAGUGCAGGGGACAUUGUUCAUGUACUUUUGACUGUGUCCAACCAGGUAUCAAGAAGUCUUUUUGAGGGCCUCAUGGCAAGUUCUUCCCCAGUCCAGCUGCCCUACGUCAUCCACUCUCUGACCAACACAAUAGUCUCCUUGUCCUCGGUAAUGCCAGCCGAGGUAAGACCUUACCUCAACAUGUCUGUUCAGAUCAUGGAGACAGUGUCAAAUGUCCUGAAUUACACCAGCACCACAGGGAACGUAGAGGGUGCUACAGCCCUGAUUGCCAGUGCUGUCCACAGGCUUCUUACUCUGGUGCCUGGUGUUGCCAUGGAGACCACAGGUAGCAUCAUUGGGGAUUUGGAACAAACCAUCAGGAGAAUACUGCUGAUCAUUAACACUGUGAACAACCCCUUGGAUCAGACAGCUGAAAUCACUCAGCAGGUUCUCCACACCAUUGAAAACUUCCUGAUUCUGGCCAACAGCAGUAUGGAGCUGGAGCUGGCGAAGGUGGUGCUUGUGGCUGGCAAGCUGAAUAUAGGCCAUCUGUUGAUGUUGAAUGAUACUAACUGGGUUGAAAAACUGCCAGGGGUGCUGACAAACAUCGCUAACAGUCUUCCCAGUGACCUACCGCUUGCCCCUCUGAUUAGGGACAUUCUCAGGAGUUUGGCAAAUGAGUCUCGAGAAAACCUGCACUUGUUGCUUCAGACAAUUCACACUGCCUCCGAGCUUUCCUCAACCGCCUGGUUGGAUGCCAACUUCAGCAGGACGCUGGACAACCUUUUAACACAGGUGUGCCAACUGGAGGGGAUGUCUUCCGUCCAGCAAAUCAGUCAGGCUUUGUCUCUCGGACCGGGGGUGCUGUGUCACACGGUCGUGCCCACAGUCCAGGCUCUGCAUGUGCUCACCAGUAACCUGGUGAAAGACAGCACUGACCUGUACGACGCCCUCUUCCAGACCUUCAUCGGAGACCCCACCAUGUACAACAUCCAGACAGACUGGAGCUCUGUCAUCUCAAAUGUUCUCGGGUUCAACAUCACCAGUCUGAAGACCCUUGAUAUCAACAUGACUUUUCCAUCCUCUGUCAUGAAAGUGUCAGACCUGAUCAAGAACAAGACUGCGUUUGUUAUGGAUGUCAUGCAGUUCACCAGUAUUUCUCCAGAGCUUUUGAGCACUCUGCUAAACAGCACUCUGCCCAGCAGCAACCUUCAGAUCUUAGCUUGGCUGGCCAACCUGCGUCACUGUCCCGAUCCGUCCGUCCUGCAGCUGGAUGCUGCACACAAGCUGAUCUUCAGGGUUUUCUGUUCGCUGCCCCCACAAGAGUGGUACAGCAUGGUGGUCCUGGUGAUUCGUCACAUGGAUUUGGAAAACACCAUCUACAGGGUGAUGUUGGCCAGUGACAUUCAGGGCAUAGUUGGGGUCAUGCUGCAGACAGUAAGGUUCCUGACAGACAUGAUGAGCAGGCUUGUUCCUGCCAUCAGCCAGCUGCAGGAGUACCUGGUCGCCUUCGCCGACCUCAACCUGGUGGCCGAUUCUGAGUUCCACAGUCUGGUGAGAGGGAAGCGCUCCACCAUGUCCAGCAGCGCCACGUUCACCACCCUCUCCCGCGCCAUGUGCAAGAGCGGUGUGCUCUCCCUCUUAGGCAUCUCCAAGCUGCCCAUCAUGACAGAGGCUGAUCCCUCCCUCAAAGAGGGCCACAGGCUCGAUGACAUCAUCGACAAGUUCAAGAUCCCACGGAGUGCCACUCCAUUCUGUAUGAACCUCUACCUGGACAUGGUAAACACCACAGGGGGCGCUAUAGCCUGGGCUUUCCUGAAACCCAUGCUACUGGGGCAGGUGCUCUACACACCAGACACGCCUCUGACCAGAGACAUCAUUGAGAAGUCAAAUAACACUCUACAGCAAUUUGGUGACCUGAAAUUGCACGCUCAGGAGUGGUUAGAGUCAUCAUCCUAUGUAAUGGAGUCAGCAAAACUUCUGAACAAAACCUUGCCAAUGCUUAAGAGAUCACUUGGCAAUUCCUUUGUUAAAAACUUCGUCAAGACCCAGACCAACAUUGACGUUGAAGAGAUCAGUGCCACUCUCAAUAACUUUUCCAAUCUGACGGCUCUGUUGGAGAAGAACAAGUUCAUCGUGAACCAGAUCAGCACCCUCUCCACUCUGAUGAUGAACCUCUCGUCCUGCGUCAACUUUGACCGCUACAAGGCCCUGUCUUCUGUUGAAGAGGUUGACAAACAGGCAGAGAGCCUGGCCCAGAACCGCAGUCUUUACGCCAGUGUCAUCUUUAAGCUCCCUGAGGAGCAGUCCUCUGACAGGAGGCGCAGGGACGUUUCCGGCUCCGCGCUCCCUCCCAAAGUGGAGUACACCAUCCGUAUGCACAUCGACAACGUCAUGCGUACCGACCGCAUCCGCAACCCCCUGUGGCAGAAAGGCGCCUACAUCUCAUUCAUGCUCACCCAGCGCUACAGCCGCGGCUUCCUGUACCUGCAGGAGAGCAUCGAACGGGCCAUCAUAGAGACGCAGGCGGGAAAACCCGUGGACGGACCCGCUGUUCAGGUCCAGGCCUUCCCUUACCCCUGCUUUCCAGACGACGAGUACCUGAACAGCAUCUCUGUCGCUUUCCCCCUGGCGCUGAUUAUUGCCUGGAUUCUGUUCGUCGCCAACUUUGUGAGGAAACUCGUGCAUGAGAGAGAGCUGAGACUGCAUGAGUACAUGAAAAUGAUGGGAGUCAACCCCAUUAGUCAUUUCUUCGCCUGGUUCAUCGAGAGCGCUGUGUUCCUAUUGGUCACCAUCGUCUUCAUCACCCUGAUACUGAAGUUCGGCGGCAUACUGGCGAACAGCGACAGCUCCCUGGUCUUCAUCUACCUCUGCGACUACGGUCUCAGCGUCUUGGCCAUGAGCUACCUGGUCAGCGCGUUCUUCGACAGGACCAACAUCGCCGGGCUGAGCGGAUGCAUGAUCUACAUCGUUUGCUUCUUCCCCUUCAUCGUGAUCGUUUCCAUGGAGGAAAGCCUCUCCUUUUCCGUCAAGAGCGCACUGAGUCUUUUUGCCCCAACCUGCUUCAGCUACGCCAGCCAGUACAUCUCCCGCUAUGAGAAACUGGAGGAAGGAAUCCAGUGGAGCAAUAUGUACACCUCUCCCCUGUCUGGGGACACCUCGUCCUUCGGCUGGCUUUGCUGGCUGCUUCUCAUCGACUCCCUGAUUUACUUCCUUGUCGGCGUGUACGUUCGCAUGGUUUUCCCAGGGAAAUACGGCAUUCCUGCGCCUUGGUACUUCCCCGUGACACCUUCCUUCUGGGCGGAUCUGUUCGGAUGCUGCAAGAAGGCUCCGAAGAGCACCAGCCGGGGCCUGUUCUUCUCCAACAUCAUGCAGGAGAGUCAGGCCAACGGUGAAGGCAAAGGCAAAGGCAAAGGCAAAGGCAAAGGUGGCUUUACCUCCCAUGGGGAGGAAGAGUUCUCUGGACUGCCAGUGGGCGUGUCUCUGCAUGGCCUGACUAAGGCCUACGGUAACCGGAACGCUGUGGAUCACCUGACCCUCGCCUUUUACGAAGGCCAUGUCACCUCACUCCUGGGUCACAAUGGAGCCGGCAAGACCACCACAAUGUCACUUCUCACCGGGCUGUUUCCGCCCUCUUCUGGCUCCAUUGAGGUCUACGGGAGGGACAUGCAGGCAUACACUGAUGAAGUUCGCAAGGAGCUUGGCGUGUGUAUGCAGUACGACGUCUUGUUCGACCACCUGACCACCGAGGAACACCUAUUGUUGUACGCUCAGAUAAAAGCCCCUCACUGGACAAAACACGAGGUGAAGGAUCAAGUGCGCAAAAUCCUACAGGAGACCGGUAUGUACGCUCACCGUCACAAGCGGGUCGGAACUCUGUCCGGCGGAAUGAAGAGGAAGCUCUCGAUCUCCAUCGCCUUCAUCGGCGGCUCGCGGCUGGUGGUCCUGGACGAGCCCACCACCGGCGUGGACCCCUGCUCACGUCGCAGCAUAUGGGACAUCGUCCUCCAGCACAAGCAAGACCGUACCAUCAUCUUGUCCACUCACCACCUGGACGAGGCUGAGGUCCUCAGCGAUAGGAUCGCCUUUUUGGAACGCGGAGGUGUCAAAUGCUGCGGCUCUCCGUUCUACCUCAAAGACAAGCUGGCCAAGGGCUACAACCUGACUCUCACCAAGAAGGUCCAGGUUCCAGGCUCGGAGGAGAAGUUUGACAUUGAGGAACUGACAGCCUUCAUCCAGUCACAUCUGCCUAACGCUUGUCUGAAAGAGGGUCGUCUUGGCGACGUGGUGUACACCCUCCCACCCUACAACUCCCAGAAUGCCUCUGCUUACCGUUCAUUGCUCACUAGCCUGGACCGCAACCUAGAUGCCCUUCAUCUUGGCUGCUACGGUAUCUCAGAUACCACUCUGGAAGAGGUGUUCCUUCAGCUGACUAGAGACGACCUGGAGCACACGGAGCAGAGGCCUUGGUCUGUGUCUGAAUCUAUAAUGGACUUGGCAGCUUCCAGAGACAGCCUACCAGAUGAUCUCGCUGACAGCGCAUACAACUUGGGAGAGAAAGCAAGUCUGACGGGUGCGUCCACGGUGCGUGGGAUGGCGUUGGCGGCCCAGCAGGUGAUGGCCAUGCUGGUGAAACGGGUGCAUCACUCCAGGAGGGACUGGAAGGGAAUGUUCUCCCAGCUGGUCCUGCCCGUGCUGUUCGUCAUUGCCGCCAUGGGUCUCGGCUCCAUCAGGAGCGACCUGCAGUACUUCCCCGAGAUGGAGCUCUCUCCCGGUCUCUACCAUUCUGGGGACCAGUAUGCCUUUUUCAGCAACGAGAACCCCAACUCUAGCUACUUGGUGGAUACUAUGAUGUCAUACCCUGGAAUUGACCACAUGUGUCUGAACAACCCGAGCAACCCGGUGUGCAGCGGCAGAGGAAACCACGGCCCUGAUCAGUGGACCAGCAGAGGAAACAGCUCUGCUCCUUUAGAACCCUGCAAGUGCACUCAGACAGAACAGAUUUGUCAGAAACCCAGUUAUGAUCCACCACACAAGAGAAACCCCUCUUCCCAAAUCGUCUAUAACCUAACUGGACUCAACGUGGAAAACUAUCUGCUGGCCACGGCCAAUAACUUCAUCAGAGACAGAUAUGGAGGAUGGGCAUUUGGAAAGUCGCUUCCCCUUGAUCUCCGUAUGGACAUUCAGGAAGUGCCGAAGAACAGGACUCUGACUAAGGUCUGGUACAAUCCAGAAGGUCAUCACACAAUGCCUGCUUACCUCAACAGCCUUAACAACUUCCUGCUGCGCUCUAGCCUCCCAGCUGAUAAGGACCGCUCCCAGUACGCAAUCACAGUGAACAGUCACCCGUACCCUGGACAGGUGGAGCAGGAGGAUACUCUGGUUCGGGGCUUGGUCAGCACUCUGGUCGCCAUGUGCAUGCUGACAGGUUACUCCAUCAUGACAGCCAGCUUUGUCAUAUAUGAGGUCCAAGAACACCACAGUGGCUCCAAGAGACUUCAGCACAUCUCUGGGAUCAGCGAGCCAUUUUACUGGGUCAUCAACUUCCUCUAUGACAUGGCAAUCUACAUGAUUCCAGUGGCUUUCUCAGUCAUCAUGAUCGCAGCCUUCCAGCUCCCAGCCUUCACGGACAGACAGAACUUAGCCGUGGUAACCCUGUUACUGGUGCUCUUCGGGUUUGCCACCUUCCCUUGGAUGUACCUUCUGUCAGCUGUAUUCAAAGAUGCAGAGAUGGCUUUUAUUAGCUACGUGUGCAUCAACCUCUUUGUUAGUGUGAACACCAUCAUCUCCACAUCCAUAGUCUACUUCAUUGGUCAGCUCAAUCAGAAUGAUGAGAACGUUCACGAGGUGUAUCGUGUCAUGAGCCAGGUGUUCCUCAUCUUCCCUCAGUUCAGCUUUGGGAACGGGCUGAUGGAACUGUCGCGGGUGGACCUGCAAGUGCAGAUGCUGAGCGCGUACGGGGUGGAUGCCUAUAAAGACCCCUUCACCAUGGACGUGCUGGGCCCCAUGUUCCUCUCCUUGUUGGUGCAGGGAACCUUUUUCUUCACGCUGCGCCUACUGCUCAACAAAUGGCUCAUCCAAAGAGUCAGGAGGCUGUUCUGUUUCAAGAGAGCCGCGGAGAAGACGCACAGCCGGUAUGAGGAUGAAGACGUCGUUGCAGAACGCGAGCGUGUGGAUGGCGGGGCCGCUAGCAGUGACCUGCUCCAGAUCCAACAGCUCACCAAAGUUUACCGACACCUGAACAAGAGGGUGCACGCUGUGAAGAGACUGUCCGUGGGCAUUCCAGCUGGAGAGUGUUUCGGAUUACUGGGAGUCAACGGAGCUGGAAAGACCACCACCUUCAAGAUGCUAACGGGAGAAAUCAGCCCCACGGAUGGGUCAGCUCAAGUCCGUGACCUGCGCGGCCAAUUGGUUGACAUCAUGGACUGCAGAAAGGAGGGCGUGAACAUCGGCUACUGCCCCCAGGAGGAUGCCCUGGAUAACCUGCUGACCGGAGAGGAGCACCUGUACUUCUACGCCCGCAUCAAAGGCAUCGCCAAGAGAGACAUUGAUCGGGUUGCGAACUACCUGUUGAAGAAGCUGGAGCUAGACUAUCACCGACACAACACCAGUGAGAGCUACAGCUGUGGAACACGCCGGAAGCUUUCUACUGCCCUGGCCCUGAUUGGUCAACCUCAGAUUCUGCUAUUGGAUGAGCCGAGCUCUGGAAUGGACCCCCGUUCCAAACGUCACCUCUGGAAGAUCAUCUCAGAGGAGGUUAUGGGGAAAUGCGCAGUAGUCCUGACAUCCCACAGUAUGGAGGAGUGUGAGGCCCUGUGUACUCGCCUUGCUAUUAUGGUAAAAGGACAGUUCAGAUGUCUGGGUUCUCUACAGCACAUCAAGAACAGGUUUGGCAGUGGAUUCACGGUCAAGAUGUACCUGACAGACGCUUCCUGUGACGUGGACGCCAUUACCAGGUUUAUGCAGCAGAAGUUCCCCAGCACUGUCUUGAAGGAUCACCACUCUUCCAUGUUGGAGUAUCACGUACCUGUUGCUCCCGGAGGUGUGGCUGACAUCUUCGACCAGCUGGAGUCUAACAAGGCAGUCCUACGAAUAAAGCACUUCUCAGUCUGUCAGACCACUCUGGAUGAGGUGUUCAUCAACUUUGCCAUGGGAAAGACUGGCACAGAGACACAGAAGAUAUCUGAUCCAGAUCUAAUCAACCUUGACUAA